AUGGGUCCACAUACUGUUGAGGGUAUGGAGACGAAGGGUCCUCUCCGGGAGCCCUGCGCCCUGACCCUAGCCCAGAGGAACGGGCAAUAUGAGUUAAUAAUCCAGUUGCACGGGAAGGAACAGCAUGUUCAAGAUAUCAUUCCUAUAAAUAGCCACUUUAGAUGUGUUCAAGAAGCAGAAGAAAAUCUUUUGAUUGAUAUAGCUUCAAACAGUGGCUGCAAAAUUCGGGUUCAGGGGGACUGGACCAGAGAACGCUGCUUUGAAAUCCCUAAUGAAGAACACUGUUUGAAGUUCCUGUCAGAGGUCCUUGCUGCUCAGGAAGCACACUCACAACUUCUUGUUCCAGAACAAAAGGACUCAUCCAGCUGGUACCAGAAAUUAGACACUAAGGACAAACCUUCUUGUGUUUCAGGGCUUCUUGGAUUUGAGGAUAAUUUUUCAUCUAUGAAUUUGGACAAGAAAAUAAAUUCACAAAAUCAGCCUAUGGGGAUUCGUAGGGAACCUCCACCCCCACCCUCUUCAGUGAACAGAAUACCUCCACGUGACAAAGAAGCUUCUAACAAGGAACAGCCCAAAGUGACCAACACCAUGCGGAAGCUCUUUGUACCAAAUAACCAGUCUGUGCAGCGGGAGGGCCUCAUCAAACAUAUCUUGGCAAAGCGAGAGAAAGAGUAUGUCAACAUUCAGACCUUCAGAUUUUUUGUUGGAACUUGGAAUGUGAAUGGCCAGUCUCCAGAUAGUGGGUUAGAACCCUGGCUGAACUGUGAUCCGAAUCCUCCUGAUAUCUACUGCAUUGGAUUCCAAGAGCUGGACUUGAGCACAGAAGCCUUUUUCUACUUUGAAUCCAUGAAGGAACAAGAGUGGUCCAUAGCUGUGGAAAGGGCUUUGCAUUCCAAAGCCAAGUAUAAGAAAGUUCAACUAGUUCGCCUUGUUGGGAUGAUGCUCCUGAUAUUUGCCAGAAAGGAUCAGUGGCAGUAUAUCCGUGAUGUUGCUACAGAAACGGUUGGAACUGGAAUCAUGGGGAAAAUGGGAAACAAAGGUGGGGUAGCUGUGAGAUUUGUAUUUCACAACACUACAUUUUGCAUUGUCAAUUCCCACCUGGCUGCCCAUGUGGAGGACUUUGAGAGAAGGAAUCAAGAUUAUAAGGACAUCUGUGCACGAAUGAGUUUUGUGGUUCCAAAUCAGGCCCUCCCGCAGCUGAAUAUCAUGAAACAUGAUGUUGUCAUCUGGCUGGGAGAUUUGAACUACAGACUUUGCAUGCCUGAUGCCAAUGAAGUGAAGAGUCUUAUUAACAAGAAUGACCUUCAGAGACUCCUGAAAUUUGACCAGCUAAAUAUUCAGCGCACACAGAAAAAAGCUUUUGCUGACUUCACUGAAGGAGAAAUCAAGUUUAUCCCCACUUAUAAGUAUGAUUCUAAAACAGACCGAUGGGAUUCCAGUGGGAAAUGUCGGGUUCCAGCCUGGUGUGACCGAAUUCUUUGGAGAGGAACAAAUGUUAAUCAGCUUCAUUACCGGAGUCACAUGGAACUGAAAACAAGUGACCACAAGCCUGUUAGCGCCCUCUUCCAUAUUGGGGUGAAAGUUGUCGAUGAAAGGAGGUAUCGGAAAGUGUUUGAAGAUAUUGUACGCAUCAUGGACAGAAUGGAAAAUGACUUUCUUCCUUCCUUAGAACUCAGCAGGAGAGAGUUUGUGUUUGAGAAUGUGAAGUUUCGGCAACUACAAAAGGAGAAGUUCCAGAUCACCAACAAUGGACAGGUUCCCUGCCAUUUUUCUUUCAUCCCUAAACUUAAUGACAGCCAAUACUGCAAGCCAUGGCUUCGGGCUGAACCUUUUGAGGGCUACUUGGAGCCAAAUGAGGCAGUGGACAUUUCCCUUGAUGUUUAUGUCAGCAAAGACUCAGUGACCAUCCUGAACUCGGGGGAAGAUAAAAUUGAAGAUAUCCUUGUCCUUCACCUGCAUCGAGGCAAAGAUUACUUUUUGACCAUCAGUGGAAAUUACCUCCCAAGUUGUUUUGGCACAUCCUUAGAGGCUUUGUGCCGAAUGAAAAGGCCAAUCCGAGAAGUUCCUGUUACCAAACUUAUAGACUUGGAAGAAGACAGCUUCCUAGAAAAGGAGAAAUCCUUUCUACAGAUGGUUCCCUUGGAUGAAGGCACCAGUGAGAGACCCCUUCAGGUCCCCAAGGAGAUCUGGCUUCUGGUAGACCACUUAUUCAAACACGCCUGUCACCAGGAGGACCUGUUCCAAACCCCUGGAAUGCAGGAAGAGUUACAGCAGAUCAUAGACUGUCUGGAUACCAGCAUUCCUGAGACAAUCCCUGGCAGUAAUCACUCUGUAGCUGAAGCACUGCUCAUUUUCCUGGAAGCCCUGCCAGAGCCCGUCAUCUGUUAUGAGCUGUAUCAGCGAUGCCUUGACUCUGCUCAGGAUCCCCGGGUCUGCAGACAGGUGAUUUCCCAGCUUCCAAGAUGCCAUAGAAAUGUUUUCCGUUACUUGAUGGCAUUCCUUCGAGAACUCUUAAAAUUCUCCGAAUACAACAAUGUCAGUGCCAACAUGAUCGCUACUCUCUUCACAAGUCUUCUCCUAAGGCCUCCACCUAACUUGUUGGCAAGACAGAAUUCAAGUGACCGCCAGCGUGCUAUCCAGUUCCUUUUGGGUUUCCUGCUUGGGAGUGAUGAAGAUUAAUAAGCCCUUUUCUCUUAAGUACUCUCCAAGAUUCUAGAAGUGGAAGAUCUUGGACACCAAGUAUUUCAGAAUAUUUGCAAAGUCAUGCCACAGGAAAUGUCUAUUGCAGAAUUUCCAGGCUGUUGGCAUGAAAAGGGAAGAGUUUCCUAAUCCCUCCUUUACCAUAUCCUACACAGCAAACUACUAUUAGACUUAUAUUGCCAAGCCAAAGUUACCAUAUUUUGGUGUUUUUGUGUUCUCUCUUUAUAAGGCAAAGAGAUCUGUAUUUACACUCCUUUAGGGGAUGUGUCUGUUGCCCCCUGCCCAGCUGUCAUGAUUGUCCUUAGCACCCUAGACCUAGAUUCUGAGAUGUUCCCAUUCUAGGCCUACAAGCACUACUUGGUGUAGCUCAGACUUGUGUGUAGUCCUUCCACUAAGACACUUUUGCCCUACCAUCCCCACAUCACCCCUUUGCACUCUACUUCAGUAGUGCUAUCACGUUGAAGGAAGUCUGAGUGAGGCUAGUGAUUCCUUGGGCGUCCCCAACAGUGAGUUAAUAUUCUACAUGUUUUUGUUACAUGCAUUUAUGUAUUUAUACCACAGUGCUAUCCAUAUAUCUCUGUAACAUUGGCUGUUUCAUGAAUCUGCACUGGGUGGAACCAUAUUCUCUUGUCUCAGACCACAUUUAGUAGCAGAACUCUAGGGACUAUUAGAGAUGACAUCCAAUUGAUGUGAGAGAAUCAUAAUCAGAGUGGAAGCACUUUGAGUAGUCACAAAUGAAAACAUUUAGGUUUGACAGGUUCUGCUUCUCACCAUCCCUUUCUCUUUUUUAAAUUUUACAUGAGAAUUAAUCCUGGGUAUCUAUGGGACCCAUCCCCCACUUAGAAAUCCACCUCUGGAGCAACACUUGCACCACAGUCAAAAAGUAAGUCUGGCCCAGCCGGUGUGGCACCAAGAGGUCUCCAGUGCAAUUCUG